GUGUCGCGAAUAUCAUCAUUCAGAGUACCAAACGACGCCUUAGGGUGUUUAGCAUGAGCGCUGCGAUCGUUUCUAACAGUGGCGUAACAUGACGCAUUAAGGUGAGGAAAGUGCGUUAGGUGAAACUAAUGGUUGAGUGGUUUGUCGAAGGUAGGUAAGGAUUGAAAAGAGACAGAUAAAAACAGAAAGAGAAGGAGAGAGUGUUAAAGAAAGAAAGGAAUAAAUAAAUACGAGAAAGAGAGAGUGAGAGUGAGAGUGUGAGUGUGAGUGAGAGAGAGAGAGAGAAAGAGAGAGUGAGAGAGGUAUAGAAACGAGUAGUAAAAGGUGAAAAGCAGAGAGUUUCGUUUCGUUGCUCGAAGAAAGGGUGAAAAAGAAAAAAAAGAUAAGGUAGGUGUGCGUUCGCGCUUCGAAAAAUGUGGCGGUGCUGCCGGUGGAGGAGCCGCCACCUCGAAGAAGACAACGAACCGACAAAGAGGAGAGUUACGACGACAACAACGAAAACAACGAGGAGGAUAAAUAUUGCUGGAACGACCGGGACGUGUAUCGAACAGGAGGAGGAGGAGGAAGAUAAAAAGAAUAUAGAUUUGGAAGAUCUAACGAACAAGAUAUUAACGAGGAGAACAUAUUACUCCUCUUUGAGAAUACAUAAUAACAAUAAUAAUAAUAAUAAUAAUAAUAAUAAUAAUUGGUCGCUGAUUAAGUCUUCUUAUCAAUCGUAAUAAUCACCAAACCGUUUUUAACUCAACCUCGUGAACAAAAUACGUUUUUACGUGAGAAAGUUUGCAAUUCGACAACUGUUAUUGGAUAUUAAUUGACAACAACCCUUUUGCAUGGCGAGUUAUACGCGGGAACGUUCCUCCAGACAAUCCGAUGAUACCAUGGACGAUGAUAUCGAUGAUAAGGAUGAUACAAAACGAAAGUCACGUAAUCUCAGCGAGAAAAAACGCCGAGAUCAAUUCAAUAUGUUGGUGAGCGAGCUUGGAAGUAUGGUGAGCUCAAAUACACGAAAAAUGGAUAAGUCCACGGUAUUGAAAUCAACUAUCCUAUUUUUGAAGAAUCACAACGAGAUAGCUGUUAGGUCUAGGGUACAUGAAAUUCAAGAAGAUUGGAAACCAUCUUUUUUAUCCAACGAAGAAUUUACUCACCUUAUUUUAGAAGCCUUAGAUGGAUUCAUAAUGGUAUUCUCAUCUAACGGACGUAUUUAUUACGUUUCCGAAAGUGUUACAUCUCUUCUCGGCUAUUUACCAAGUGAAUUAGAAAGCACUACUAUAUACGAUAUUGCUUAUCAAGAGGAUCAAUCUCAUCUUUACAAUGUCUUACUUAAUCCCAACAGUAUAAGGGAUCGAUGUACAGUUAAAAAGGAAGACCAAGUAUCCUUUACAUGUCACAUCAAAAGAGGGGGAUUUGAUUAUCAAGAAGAUCCCAUUUAUGAACUCGUUCAAUUUAUUGGAUACUUUCGUUCUGACGUGGAUACCAAUAUGGAUAAUUUAGUUCCUAAUUCAAGGUUUAACAACAUGUCUGGAUCCGAUACCAAAAUGGUUUUUGUUGGAACAGGCCGACUUCAGACACCGCAGUUGAUACGAGAAAUGUCGGUCAUGGACAGCACAAAAUCUGAAUUCACUUCUCGGCACAGUCUUGAAUGGAAGUUUUUGUUUCUAGAUCACAGAGCACCACCUAUUAUCGGAUAUUUACCUUUCGAGGUGCUAGGUACUUCCGGAUACGAUUAUUAUCACGUCGAUGAUUUGGAUAAAGUCGUCACUUGUCACGAAUCUUUAAUGCAGAAAGGAGAGGGUACAUCUUGUCACUAUAGAUUUUUAACGAAGGGCCAACAAUGGAUAUGGCUACAAACUAGAUUCUUCAUAACUUAUAAUCAAUGGAAUUCUAAACCAGAAUUUAUUGUAUGUACGCAUCACGUUGUCAGUUACGUCGAUGUCAUGAAAGAAAUGCGCAAAGAUGCUGGUACCAAUUUUAAUAAAACAUAUGCCCAAGAUGUAAUUCUAAUGCCAGUUAAACAACAACAACAACAGGUAACUACUACUUGCCAAAUACCUAUGACACAGUGGCCAACAAAAGUGUCAAAAAGUUCUAAGACUAUAACGAAUAGUUCAAUGUCUCGACGUCUUGGUGAAGGUUCGGACACAUCUUCCAUAUCAACGUCAUUAAGAAGUUCACCGCAUUCGCAAAUAACGAAACACGAUUCGAGAACUAAAACAGCUUCGGUCAGUAGUUCGGUGGCUUCCCAACCAAUGCCCAUGGAAAGUUGUCAACAACAACAACAACAACAACAGCAACAACAAACGCAACAGCAACAUCAAUUAGGAGAUGAUCAAUCUUGUAUAAAUUAUAUGGAACCAACCCAAUAUGCUAUGGUCAAUCUUCAACCUGUUGUAACAGCGGGCUUUGCUACACCAUCGGGAUCUUUAAUUUCUAAUUUACCAACCCACGAGAUGUUACACCAACAAGGUAUCGUUAUGACGCCUGCGCAAAAUCAAAUACAGGACGAAUUGCAACGUAAACACGAAGAACUGCAACAAUUAAUCGUUCAUCAGCAGGAAGAAUUGAGAAGAGUGUCGGAACAAUUGUUCAUAGCAAGAUACGGAAUUUUAUCGCCUCUGCUUAACUCGGGAAUAUCGUACAAUACGACAAACACGUGCCAACCAACGAAUCGAUGCAAUACUACGGCAAACGUUCAAUUACCGUCAUCUACUAGCGUCCAAGGUGUAAAUAUGUUGUCGUUACCGAUCACUGUGCCAGUACCUAUAGUGCCAACGGAAUUAUUUCCACAUGCCUUACCGGUCAGUCCUGUACCACCAACGGUUUCCGGAGUGACUCAUGUUAGCGUUAAUACUAUGAUUCAAACGCAACAGUCUCAACAACAACCCUCGCAACAACCCCAGCAAUCGCAACAACAACAGCAACAACAACAACAACCUCAAACCCAACCCCAACAACAACAACAACAACAACAACAGGGUCCAUCUACUCAACAAGAUGGAAAUCCGGCAGAGUUCGUGCCUUUUCAAAUAUGUCCGCCACAAACCGAUAUACUUUACGGUAAUAUCGAAGUGCCAGGUGGUCAACAACCAAGACCCUCUAAAAAUUGAACCCCGUUCGUUCGUACGUUUCAGUGAAAAAAUGGUUGAGGAAAAAAAAAUUCAUUUUUGUAAAUCUACAUUCUGUAUAAAAGAAGACUCCAAUUUUCUAGGAGAUAAUAGAAAAUGAACGUUUUUUCAAGUAUUCUAUAAUGAAGGAUCAGAAUUCUCCAUGUGAAAAGUACAAAAAGGUUUAUUAAUUAUUAUUAUUAGAGUUUGGUGAAUGGAGAGACAUAAUUUCUCCUUUAACGAACCGAUUAUUAUUAUAAGUAUGUCAGUAAUCGUAAACAUUAUUAUAUUCCUAAUGAAAAUGAUAUUGAAAUUACGAUCGAUAUGUACACAAUGUACACAACGACGUGUAUUAUAAUUAAUAAUGCACUGUAUUCAUAUAUAUAUCAAAUGACCCUAAUUUUUUUCUAUCGGGUUUCAUACAGGGUGUAAGUGUUUUCAAUUGCGAAUUAGAAAGUCACCAAUAUGAUUACAGUGAUAAAGAUCAAAAGAAAGUAAUAUAUUUUGUUGUACAUGUAUUAUAUAUAUAUAUAUGUAUACAUAUAUACAUAUAUAUAAUAAUAAUAAUAAUAAUAAUGAUUUUCUUGUAUAUCUACCAACACUUAAGAAUACGACCAUUGUAUCAUAAUUUAUUAUAUAUGUUACUGUUAAAGUGUCUAAUUCAAUUGUUUUAUGAAAUAACUAGAUAUUGUAUGAAUUAACGAUAAGUGUCUAGUUAUUGUGUCAUGAUUCCAUUAUGCAUUGCCGUUUC